AUGAGGCGUUUCUGUUUCGCAGUACUUGCAGGCACGGCUGCAGCCGUGCCGGCGCUCCUCACAGAGGCACAAGCCGGCACCAACAAAACAUUUUCGGCCGUCGACUGCUCGGAGCAGAUGAACAAGGAGAGGGAACCUAUGGGAUUUCCUAAGUUCACUGUUUUAGAUACAUCAACACCAAUUACUGGAGAGGAUAAGGUCAAUACCACUAACCUCUGUGCGAAUAUAAAAGAGGGUACAGAUCCUGGUGCAUGGCUAACAAAAACUUCUGCUGGUUUGUCUAUAGCAGCAGCAAGGCAAAGCUCCGCACAAGGUGAUUGUGCAGCAGCAACAAAGCAAUGGAAGGGAGCAUUAAAGACAAUAGGAGAUUCUUUACCACCUGCCUAUACACCCGGGCAGGAUAUAUACAAAAGUCUGGAUGUUGUAUCGUUAAUGAGUCUUUAUACACCUAAAGAUGGAGUAGCAGUUGCAUGCACUGUCAUACAAUGCCCACCCAAAAGUUCAACAGGAGGAGCCAGUGACAGUGGUGGCAGCAACACCGACAGUGAAGGCGGGAAACCGCCCACCACCACGCCAACCCCACCCAAUGAAGACGGCGAAGAGGAAGAGAAAGGCGAGCAAGCUGUGCCUAGUGCAGGUGUUGGUGAUGUUGAUGGUGCUGGUGGUGGCGAUGGUGAAGGCACUCCGUUGCUCCCGUUUGUCAACC